GUACACAAUGGGGUAUUACCUUGCAGAUGGCAUAUAUCCACAGUGGGCAACAUUUGUGAAAACCAUACCAGCUCCAGACACCCAAAAGAAGAAGAAAUUUGCCCAAAUGCAAGAGGCGGCUAGAAAAGAUGUGGAACGAGCCUUUGGAGUUCUGCAAGCUCGUUUUGCCAUUGUUCGAGGACCUGCUAAAGGUUGGAAGCGUAAAGAAAUUGGUGAUGUCAUGACAGCUUGUGUCAUAAUGCACAAUAUGAUAGUUGAAGAGGAGCGAGACAAUGGUCGUCAAAGCUACACUUAUGAUGGAAUGGGAGAAAGGGUCACAGUAUCUCGUACUUAUGCAGAAGAGCUGAGUGAUUUUCUUCACAUGCAUCACCGGAUUAAAAAUAAAGCUGAUCAUUCUCAGCUUCAACGUGAUCUAGUUGAGAACAUUUGGCAAAAGUUUGGAAACCAGUGAUGUAAUACAUUUAUUUUCAUCUAGUUUUACCUUUCAUGCAACGAGUGAUGUAAUCCAUUUAUUUUCAUCUAGUUUUA